UCCAAGACGAAUGGACAUCAAACUCUGCUCAUAUAAUCAGAUGCCUUAGAAUGCCGCCUUCUGACGUGGAUGACCCAGGGUCUCUCAGUCGCUGUCUCGGCCUGAAAAGGCUCUCAUACUCGAUCAGCAGCCACGCCAGGUAACAAUGAUAGUCCACGGGCCGCAGAUGGGACGCAGCGAAGCUCUGGGCUGUCUGGGCUAUCUGCCGUGCCUCGUCGUCGUGCUCCAGCGCCCACACCAGCUUUGCGGGCAGGUCACCGAGUGAAGGAGACACCGGGACAAAGUGCACCCAUGGCUGCAGCCACCCGUCCAUCCAUGUCUCAAAAGCGGUCUGAGGGAAAAUGUAAAGAGCGAGCUCUCGGAUUUGGCUCGUGCGUUGCUCACCGAAAUGAAAACAAGGGAGUUGGACCGUAAUAAGCUGACUAGCCGCCGUGACCAUGAGUUUCCAUCGACAUGAAGGACAUACUUGUAGUCGAAAUACCGCUCAACCGGCAGUGGCUUGGCUCUCCCAAGGAUGUGCUCCAGCUGCGAACAGAUAGAUGGAGUGUUGCACUGACAGUAGCCCGUCAGGCCCACAUCGAACAGGUCUCCCACACGGGAUGAAGCCCACUUGCCCUCUGGCCACUUGUCGUGAUCCGAGACGAGGCCAUGCGACCGCAGCUCCUUGCUAACAUCGCUGAAAAGAGCGUUCUUGUUGUUUUGUCCGAAUAGCUUAACCAGUCUGCCCCUCUCGCACUUCCACAGCAGGUCAUCCGCAUUCGUCCACUGACAUCCCGUGUUCGAUCCCCGCCACACCAGCAUGCUUUUCUUGUCCUCCCAUCUCGCCGUGGCGUCUUUGGGACUCCACUCGUCAAGGUAGUAGGGAGAGACGAUAUCCACAAAGCACGGCCACACGCGAGCGGCGGAGAGCAUGGGUAGCAGGCCUCGGCGAGCAUUAAAAG